GAUCCUGUCCUGUCCAACUUUCCUGUCCUCUCAGAAACCUGACCUAUAGUCAAGGUCACAUCUAUUAAAUUCUAUAAAUCUUAAAUCAAGAAACAGCGCGUCUGAACUUCACCUCCUCACCGACAAGCUGAACGUGACCUGCGUAGCUCCUGAUUGGCUGUUGCGAGCUAGACCCCUUUUCCUCCAAAUGGGGUUACGUUAACCAGGUGGUGCAUUCAAGUGUAAUAGGACAUUUUUAAUAUUGCCGACGUGCACAAUUAAAGAUUAAAUAUACGCUCUCUUUUAUUAGUCCCUUUUUGUAUUUCUCUAACCAGUGACACGUGUGUUUUAAUUUCACUAAGUUUGAUCAGUUGCUUGAUAAAGUGUCACCUGUCAGCUGCUGUGAUGUGUCAAAUAUUUUUGACAAAAAUUGACAAAAAAAAUUAAACAGGUUUUACUUUUAUUUUGCACCAGCACCAUAACCUUCAACCGUAACCUAGUGUGUGCCACUAGAUGGGGCACUCUCCUACAAGAUUACCUGCCGUUUUGCGCGCGCGCGCGCGUUUGACUUGCAAAAGUAUCUUUGCGCGCGUGCACAGGACUCCAGAGGCCACUGUGGGCUCAACAGCAGCAGCAGCAGACGCUGAGAGAGGAUCAGAGUCUGUGUCGGAGAAUCUCGUUUUUUGUUGUUGUUGUUUUAUUUUCUUCUUCGCUACCAUAUCUGCUGGUCUGCAGCACACGUUCACGAGCAGAGACUUUUUCUGGAAAAUCCGUUUUCUCUGGUUGAGUUCUGCGUCUCUCUCUGUGAAAACACGAAAAGGAGAAGGGAGAGAGAGAGAGAGAGAGAGAGGGGGGAUACCGCUGCUGCAGAGAAAGUUAGUGGGACACCGUGGAGGCACCAUGUCCUCAUCAGUGAGGAGUUUGGUGUGGAUGCUGCUUCUGUUUCACCUCCCCACGUGUACAGCUGAUCCAGGUGUGUCCUCGGAUCCAGAUGUUGUGGCGGAGGCCCAGAGUGGUGCAGUGCCCACAGCUGAAGGUUAUUUCCUAGAGUUCCAAGAGCCAGUCAACAACAUCACCCACUUCCAGGGCCAGACAGCAACUCUGCACUGCAAGGUAGCAGGAAACCCCCGGCCCUCCACCCGCUGGCUGAAAAACGAUGCCCCUGUGGUCCAGGAGCAGGGACGGAUAACCAUCCGUAAGACAGAGACGGGAUCCAAGCUCAAAAUCCAGAACCUGGACACCACGGACACCGGCUACUAUCAGUGUGUUGCCACCAACUCACUGAAGACCAUCACGGCCACAGGUGUCCUCUAUGUCAAACUAGGUCAGGUGCCCACGCACAGCCCCGACAAACCGACACGGGAAAAAGGUUUCUGUCAGCCCUACAGAGGAAUUGCCUGUGCCAGAUUUAUUGGCAACCAGAGUAUUUAUGUUGAAUCACUGCAGACGCAGGGGGAGAGUGAAAACCGCAUCACAGCGGCUUUUACAAUGAUCGGCACCUCCACCCACUUGUCGGACCAGUGCUCCAAGUUUGCCAUCCCAUCCUUCUGCUACUUUGUCUUCCCUCUGUGUGAUGAGAGCUCUCAGGCCCCACGGCGCCGACAGCUCUGUGGAGACGAGUGUGAGGCCCUGGAAAAUGACCUGUGCCACGCUGAAUACACCAUUGCUCGAUCCAAUCCCAUGAUUCUCAUGCAGCUGAAGCUCCCUAGCUGCCACCUGCUGCCACGGCCAGGCACACGUGACGCCAUGUCCUGCAUGAGGAUCGGCGUGCCACCAGAAAAACUGGGUUCAUACUCUCCCUCAGACCAGACAUGCUACAAUGGAAGUGGAGCUGACUACAGGGGCACAAUUAGCAUCACCAAAUCAGGUCAUCACUGUCAGCCAUGGAGCGCUCAAUACCCUCAUAGUCAUCGCUUGUCCCAGGAAUACCCUGAGCUCUGGGGGAGUCACAAUUUCUGCCGGAACCCAGGAGGCCAGAUGGAGGCGCCCUGGUGCUUCACACUGGACCCUCAGGUCAGAGUGGACCUCUGUGACAUCCAUCCGUGCAAGCCUCCAGAGAACACCAGGAAGGAGAUCCUGCUCAUUUUAAUUCCUGCCAUCACCAUCCCAUUGAUUGUUGCCUGCCUCUUCUUUUUGGUGUGUAUGUGUCGUAAUAAGCAAAAGGCUACAAGUGAUACACCACCUCGCUGCCAGAUUAGCAGCCCACCUAACCAGGAUGUGGAGCUGUCUCUUCUCAACCAGCAAAAACACCAGGCCAAGCUGCGAGAGAUCAACAUGUCAUUAGUACGGUUCAUGGAGGAGCUCGGUGAGGAUCGCUUUGGCAAAGUUUACAAGGGCCAGAUGUUUGGCACCACACCUGGUGAGCAGACCCAGGUGGUCGCCAUUAAGACAUUGAAAGACAAAGUUGAACCUACUCUCUGUGAAGAGUUCCGCCAUGAAGCCAUGCUCCGCUUUCAGAUUCAGCAUCAACAUGUAGUUUGUUUGCUGGGCAUAGUCAACAGAGAGCAGCCAACGAGCAUGAUAUUUUCCUAUUCCAGCCUUGGGGACCUGCAUGAGUAUUUGGUGAUGCGCUCCCCCAACUCAGACGUCAGCAGCUCAGAUGAUGACAAAACAGUGAAGUCCACUUUGGAGCAGGCUGACUUUCUCCAUGUUAUCACACAGAUUGCUGCUGGAAUGGAGUAUCUUUCCAGCCAGCAAGUAAUCCACAAAGACCUUGCUGCUCGAAACAUUGUAGUCUUUGAUAAACUCACCAUCAAGAUCCUGGAUCUGGGGCUGCUCAGAGAUGUCUACUCUGCUGACUACUACAAUCUAAUGGGAACAAGUCUUUUUCCAAUACGUUGGAUGUCCCCAGAGGCAAUAAUGUAUGGCAAGUUCUCCACAGACUCCGACAUCUGGUCUUAUGGCGUCCUGCUGUGGGAGACAUUUAGUUAUGGUCUGCAGCCCUAUUGUGGAUACUCCAACCAGGAUGUCAUUGAGAUGGUCCGCAACCACCAGUUGCUUCCUUGUCCAGAUGACUGCCCAGCGUGGAUUUACACCCUGAUGCUGGAGUGUUGGAGCGAGUUCCCUGCAAGACGACCUCGCUUCAAGGACAUCCACACACGCCUGCGCUCCUGGGAGAGUCUGUCCAACUACAACAGCUCUGCUCAGACGUCUAGCACAAGCAAUACCACACAGACCAGCUCUCUCAGUACAAGCCCGAUGAGCAACAUCAGCAUGAGCACAGCAAACACCUCACGUUACGCAAGUCCCAAAAAGGGCUCGCCCUUCCAUCAGCCCCAGUUCAUGCCCAUGAAGGGUCAAAUUCCUCGGCCCAUGGUUCCCCAACAGAUCUACAUUCCCGUUAAUGGAUACCACCCAAUGCAGGCCUACCCCUACCUGCAGAACUUUUAUCCAAUGCAAAUCCCCAUGGCCAUGCCACCUCAGCAGAUGCACCAUCAACCACAGAUGGUGAGCAAAGCAGGUUCCCACCACAGUGGCAGUGGAUCUACAUCUACUGGCUAUGUCACCACCGCCCCCUCCAACACAUCUGCAACAGAGAGAGCGGCUUUGUUAGGUGAGAGCUCCAAAACCAACUGUGAGGACUUGGCUGACAGAGCGUCACAGGCAGAGGCCGACCAAAACGAAAACUUUUCGGUGCCUGAGACAGAAUUACUAGGUGACAGUGACCCACCACAGACUGACAAACUGAUGGGCCAUUUGUCAGACACAUAAGUCUGAUUCUGCUCAAAUGACAAUGGAGCUGACCAUUACCUGGAUUCAUCUGAAUAUCUGAUGAGCAGAACUGACAGAAAACUUGAGCAUAAUGGUGACUGAAUGUUACAUUGAAAUUUUUUUUGGAUGAUAAUGUUUGAACCUCUUUCAGCAUAAACAAAGAAUCACAGCAGCAUCAACAUUAAGCAAACUUGUGGUUGCACGUUACUACGUUCGUAUUGAAACCAGCUUUAAUCCCACAUGUACUGCAUCUUUCUUUUUAUUCACAGGAAAUUGUGUAAAAUAACCACAAAGCAUGUCAUCAUGAUGACCAAAAACUGUCAUUGUUUACUUAGUUUGUAUAAGAGUGAAAGAGAGAUACAGAGAAAGAGUUGUACACCCAAUAAAUCAUUCAGUUAAAACAUUCACCCAAGAUAGAGAUCAUUGCUAACUCAAUUUAAAAGGGGAAGUACAAGUUGUUGUUUUUGUUUUGUUUUUUAAUUAUGAGGUUAUUUUGUGUUUUUCCACUGUUUCUGAGAAUGUAGUUUCCCUUCCCUGGCCUAUGGGUAAUGCCAAGUACACAUUUGAAGGCUGAGCUCCAUAUUCAUGUAACACUGGUUCACUGUUUAAUUUAAAUCUAAUCCAAUAAGAAAGUAGACACCAGUGAUGUCCAACUGGUUAUCCCCCUGAUGGGAGCUUCAGUAAUGUUCAUUAUUGUCCCUACAUCACUGAUGUCAACCUCUAUCAUUUUACAUUGACCAAUAUACAAACUACGUGAUUACAUGACAGCAACACUAAAGGUGUUCUUCUAUGGAUAACUCCACUACAGUGUUCUAUGAUAAAGCAGCACCUUGUUUGAGCCACACCCUAAAAUUGAUUUUAUUUAUGUUUUAAUAUGCAACCUUUUAAUUGCAUGGUAAUGUAACCUAUAAUCAAUACUGUUUUCAGAAGCACAUACAUGAGAUGUGGGAAAUAUAAAAAUUGGUACAGUAACAAUAAUUGACAAUUUAAUUUCAAUGCUUUCCCCUGAGGAAAAACAUUAAUAAAGGUCUGUAGUAUAUCAAUAUUAUAUAUAAAAUGUUGCUGAAUCUGUUGAGAGGUCAUUAAUAAAUGAAGGUUUUAUUCUGAGUUGUUCUGUUACUUUUCAUGUGGCUUUGAAAGUUGUACAGAUUUGUAAAUGAUGUUUAAACAUUAUAUUUGUUUAUAGUCAUCCUUUAUUGAUGAAAAUUAGCACUAAGCUUAGUGCUACAACCAGGAGCUUUCUAUCAUGUUUGUUUUGUUUAUGCAGUUGUUUUUUCCAACAUGUAUUGUGUACAUCCAUCUGUGAAGUAUAAAAUUUAAACAGAUGCAGAAGAAAGAAUGUUAACUUCCUUUUGUAAGAAAAAUAAAUAAUGUUCUACUAUCUAGUCCUUGUAUGGUGUUGUUAUUUUUGCUGUGGUACACAAGUGCUGUCAUGGUGCUGUCACAGAAAUGUCCUGAUCAGAAUUUUACUUAAUUGGUCCCCAAACUAUUAUUUAUUUACAGCAAAUGCUUUGUUGUCAUUUGUCAACGAACUAUUACAUUUCUACAAAAACAGAUAGAA